AAAUGGUUAAGGGUGAUUAACAAGGAAAUUAUAAUUGUCCAGAUAAAGCUAUGACUAACUCUUUAAUAAUAAGUGCUUAUCUGAGAAUCUAUUAGAAUUUCAAAUUAUAAUAAUAAUCUUAUUUUAUAACCUCACCGAUAUUACAAUAAUGAAUUGUUCAGCGA